UAUAUAUAUAUAUAUAUAUAUAUAUAUAUAUAUAUAUAUAUAUAUAUAUAUAUAUAUAUAUAUAUAUAUAUAUAUAUCUGUCAAGCAAUUAAUUGCAUCCGAAAUAAAAGUUUUUGAUUACAUAAUAUAUUUGUGUACUGUAUAUUUUAUGUAUAUAUAAAUAAACACUUGCAUAUAUAAGUUAUGUUUGUUUAUAUAUAUAUAUAUAUAUAUAUGUAUAUAUGUGCUUGUAUUUAUAUACAUAAUAAAUAUACACAGUACACACGUGUUAUGAACGAAAAGUUUUGCAUUUGAUUAAUUUCAGAGAUUGGAAUUUAAAUAGAGUAACAUCAUAUAUGUGAAUCAGUACUGUAGAUAAAAUAAAUGUUGGCCCAAUGAUAGACAACUAAAACAUCUUCAUCUGUUUUACUUCUUUAAGCAACACCACAGUUGCUCUAGACAAAUAUUUAAAAGGACAAGUAAUGCAAUAAAAAAAUAUUAAAAAGUGAAAACUGCACAAAAAUGUUGCAAUGACCAAAUGUUGCACUAAAUUAAAAGUUCAAAUGUAACCUAUAGGUCUCAAUAUUCUGGCUCGACGCGAUGUCCUGACCAAUCAGAGCGCGCGCGAGCUCGAGCGUCCAGCGCCUGCAGACUCUGAGCUGACUUCAGUCUGAUCUGAUGAACGGAGGCUGACUGGAAGACGAGAUGACUGUCUCAUCUCUCCUUCACCAUGUCUCGCUUCACAACAGCUGUUUUUCUUCUGCUGUGCGCGAGUGUGUGCGGUCAGUGCGGGAAGAUGAAGCACAGCCUCAGGAGAACAUCUGAACAACAUCACAAACACGGAACUUCACUUUUCAAGAAGAUGUUGGAUGAAACUAAGACACAUCAGCUGAAAUCAGACCAUCUGCUGCGUGUUGAUGACCAUGACUUCACUAUGAGACCAGCGUUUGCGGGUCCUGCAGUACCAGUAGGUGUGGAUGUACAGGUAGAGAGUUUGGACAGUAUCUCAGAAGUAGAUAUGGACUUCACCAUGACGCUAUACCUGAGACACUACUGGAAGGACGAACGAUUGUCUUUUCCCAGUAAAGCCAAUAAAAGCAUGACUUUUGAUGGUCGGUUAGUGAAGAAAAUCUGGGUUCCUGAUGUGUUCUUUGUUCAUUCCAAACGCUCCUUCAUCCACGACACCACCACGGAGAACAUCAUGAUCAGGGUAUAUCCUGACGGACAUGUGCUCUACAGCCUCAGGGUGACUGUAACUUCAGCAUGUAAUAUGGACUUCAGUCGAUUCCCACUGGACACGCAGACCUGCACAUUAGAGCUGGAGAGCUAUGCUUACACUGAUGAAGACCUGAUGCUCUACUGGAAGAGUGGAGAUGAAUCACUGAGCACAGAUGACAAGAUCUCUCUGUCUCAGUUCCUCAUUCAGGAGUUUCACACCACCUCCAGACUGGCCUUCUACAGCAGCACAGGUUGGUACAAUCGCCUUUACAUCAACUUCACUCUGCGUCGUCAUAUCUUCUUCUUCCUGCUUCAGACGUACUUUCCCGCCACUCUGAUGGUCAUGCUGUCAUGGGUGUCCUUCUGGAUCGACCGGCGAGCUGUUCCCGCUCGAGUCUCAUUAGGCAUCACGACGGUGCUCACCAUGUCCACCAUCAUCACUGGAGUGAACGCCUCCAUGCCCAGAGUCUCCUACAUCAAAGCUGUGGACAUUUACCUGUGGGUCAGCUUCGUCUUCGUCUUUUUAUCAGUACUUGAGUAUGCUGCCGUAAACUACCUGACCACAGUGCAUGAUGGGACAGAUCGCAAAUCAAAGGAGAAGCCUUUACCUUGCACAUGUGACAUAUCUCAAGCAAGGACUAUGAUUCUGGAUGAAGCAUACAGUAGGCCUGAUACUAAUGGCCUGACAGGAUACACACAGGCUCCUGUCUCCUCUGAGAAGGCUGCAGAUAAACAGGACCACAUGGUGGUGUGCCUGUCUUUGGCAAAUGAGGCCACAGCAGCCAAGAAGAAGAGCCUUCGAGGCUUCCGUAUCAUCCAAAACACUCACGUCAUUGAUGCCUACUCUCGCAUGAUCUUCCCAGGGGCCUUUAUAUUCUUCAAUCUUAUCUAUUGGUCUGUAUACUGCUGAAUUGCCUUACAAAGAGAUUGUGGUCGUAGCAUAUUGAAACACUUAUGUAUUAACAAAAGUAAAAGACAAUUGUUAUUUGUUAUAGAUUGAAAGGGACAGCACAGGUAAACAAGAUCAUGACAUAAUGCAUGUGAACUGUACACAUUGUAGGAUAAGAAAAAAUUUAAUCUGAGAAUCCUAUUUGUUGAUUGCAUUUACUUUUUUUUAUUGUAUUACUUUUUAUUUCAAAAGUAAGUGGUACAUAUUCAGUCUGAAAUUACCUGGAGCUGAAUGAAUGUUACUGUACUGUAAAACAGUAGACACAGUCAUCAGAAUAGUUAUUACAUGUUCAAAAGCCGUAAUAAAACAUAUUUAUACAAGUAAA